CGCUUGGAUGCAGCUCGACAUGACUGUACCCUCCUUUGAGGAGCUGGACACCUUCAAAUACAGCGACCUGCAGAAUUUGGCCAAGAGUCUGGGCCUCCGGGCUAACCUGAGGGCAGGCAAAUUACUAAAAGCCUUGAAAGCCCACCUUCAACAUGAAGCAAAAAAAGAAAAUGAGAAACUUGUUUUGGAAUCUUUCAUCAUUUGUGUAUCUUUGGAUUCAGGUAAUGAAGAUUCAAAGGUUCCUUCGGAAAAAAAGAGGCCUCUCUACACAGAUGGAUUUUCCAAACCUGGAAAAAAUAAAAGAACUGUAAGCACUACUCCAAACUUUAAGAAGCUUCAUGAGGCUCGUUUUAAGGAAAUGGAGUCCAUUGAUCAAUAUAUUGAGAGAAAAAAGAAACAUUUUGAAGAACACAAUUCAUUUAAUGAACUGAAGAAGCCUCCUGUCACUAAGGGAAAAGUGGCGACCCCAGUUCCUCUCAGGGGAAGACUCCCUGUGGCUUGUACUCCCACCAGCCAGCAACGCUCGCAGGGGGCCGCAGGCCGCAGCACCUUGUGCGGGAAGGGGUCCACCAAGCGUCCUGUUCUGUCAGCAACUAAAAUGAACGUCAGGUUUUCAGCUGCUACCAAAGAUAAUGAGCAUAAACGGUCACUGACCAAGACUCCAGCCAGGAAGUCUCCGCAUGUGACUAUGUCUGGGAGUACCCCAAAAGGCCAGGCUGUGCUUCAGACAUGCAAGCUGAAGACCACAAAGGGGAAUUCUGCUUCUGUUGUUACCCCAUUCAAGUUGACAACUGAAGCAGCACAGACUCCAGUCUCCAACAAGAAACCAAUAUUUGAUCUCAAAGCAAGUCUGUCUCGUCCCCUCAACUACGAGCCACACAAAGGAAAACUGAAACCAUGGGGACAAUCUAAAGAAAAGAAUUCUCUGAAGGAGCAUGUAAACAGAGUUAGCUUCCACAAGAAAACUUACAAACAACCUCCUCUCCAGACUAGGGAAGAACAACGGAAGCAACAUGAGCAAAAACGAAAGGAGAAGAAAGCAAAGGUUUUGGGAGCUCGAAGAGGCCUCAUUAUGGCUGAAGAUUAAUUUUUUGAUGUCUUGUAAAUAUUACCUUAUUGUGAACACUUUCUGUAAAUAUUUUUCUACUGUCUUCCCCGCUUUAGUCAAAAAACCUUUUUCUGUUCUUUGUUCACUAUUUAUGUAGUGUCGGUGCAUUCUUAACAUGCUACAUCUCCGAAGACGUUAUUAACUUUAAGGCUCACAUAUUCUUUGACGUGGUUUUUACUUAAGUCUCUGUACAAUUCACUUUUGAACUGAGACUCAUCCUAUAGAUUCUUGACCUAGAUUUUUCAUGUCAAGUUCCGUGUGCUGAUUCUAAUAUUAAUUGUAAUCCUGUUCUAGGCAACAGCAUUUACCCUGAUGGUAGGUAGUUCUACCACAAGCUUUAGUAGAAAUUGCACCAAUAAAAAGUUAUGAAUAGGGU